AGAAAACUGGCUUGGAAAUCUAACUCGUUGUGUAAUAAAUUAACCCUGCUUUAAGCAAAAUUCGACACUUUGCUGUUGCAUUAGGGACCUAAUUGAAAGCAUUGAUAGUUUGGGAUCUAAAUCGAAAAUCAGUUCAUCGUCGGUUACUAAAUUGAGAUUUUCUAUGACUAUAUAAAGUGGAGAUUAUUUGUCCGUUUACUGUUGUGCCCAGUUCGAGCAGCAGGGGAUUCUGAACUCAGAGGUUCGUUUGCCCAUUCUUUUUAUAUAGAAGAGGAAGAGAGGAAGAAGAUGGAAGCAGAGUUGAUAAAUGCAGAGCUGGUGUUGCCAACACACUUCAGUUUCAAGAGGAUACAGAUAUAUGAGAAAUACCCAAAGGGACAACCAAGAGGCCGUUGGAAACACCUUAAGCAGAUUCUUCAAGCAGAAAAUUAUCAGAAUUGCCCUCCAGAUGAACCCAACUAUGUUAAUAUUGAGUCACCACCCUCCAUGCACCCACCUUUGAGAAUAUGCGAUAUUACAGGAUUCGAGGCGCCUUACCAUGACCCAAGGACCAACCUCCGUUAUGCAAAUACUGAUGUCUUCAAACUCGUGAGAUCACUUCCAAAUGAGCAUGUGCAAAGGUAUCUGGCAUUGAGAAAUGCAGCCGUUACUCUGAAAUAACUUGCAAGAAUUUGCCUUGACAAUGCUAGCCCGCUCCUGUUUCUGUUUCUGUUUCUGCAUGAGAUAGGGUAGAGCUAUUAAAUAGUUUAGCUCAAAGAGAUGCAUUAAUUGCACUGAACUAUGUUUUGGAAUUUGUCGGUAUGUCUCCUCUCUCCUUUUGCUCGAGCUAAUUAGAUGUAAACCAAUCAGUGUCUGUAGCUUAGGUAACUGGAUCAUUUAUGGAUCUUGAUCUUUUGGCAGGCUUUCUAUAUCAUGCAGUUGAUAGGUUCUUGAAUUGUG